CCCUCUUCAUCAAAUGACCAACUUCCAGUCGUCAGGCGCAAUUAUUGGCUUCAACGUCGGAUACGGCUCAAGGAUGCGAGCUGCUUGCGAAUGUGCCUGACCCCGUUAUCGCCUGCGAUUCACGGGCAGCGGACAUAAGUUCUUGACUAACCACGUAUCGGAUGCCCCCUCUCUAGGCAAAACCAUAUCGGCCGAAAGAUCUUGACCGAAGCGCUUCUUCGGUUCGACAUCUCUUUCUUAUCUACUUCGAAAUAGGCGCGCCGCUCUAGGAGAGCUGCAUAUCUUUCCUCCGCGUGCUCCAGCUCCUUGGAUCUUCUUCCUGACCACAACCAUGAUGGAGAACGAGAGAACCGAGGUUCACAGCGUCCACUGGUUCCGCAGCACAAUCUUCCAGAUCUUUGUCGUGGGCGCGGUCUUCUUCUGUGUGAGGGAAUGUACAACGCUCUCAGCUCCCUUGGUGCAGGGGGUCUAGCGACUCCAUGGUAUGCCAAUGCUACCGCGGCGGCUGGUUAUGUCUUCAUGGCCGUUUUGUGCAUCACUGGCGGAAUCAUUGUCAGCAAAAUCGGCGUGAAAGCAGCUUUGACGAUCGCGAGCACUGGCGAUAUCUUAUAUGCCGGCAGCCUGUAUCUCAACUCCAAGAAUGGAACGCAGUGGUUUUUGAUGCUUGGCUCUAUCAUAUCCGGCUGCACGGACGGGCUGAUGUAUGCGGUUGAGGGUCCCAUCAUCACAUCCUAUCCUGAGCCUGAGAGACGUGGUCGUAUGUUGGCUCUCUGGGUGUUUAUGCGAAACGCGGCUCCAGUCAUCGGCGGUGCCAUCAUCUUUGGUUUGAAUAACUCCAUUGACUCGUCUGGAGCGGUUUCGCUUCGAACGUACCUCGUGAUCAUUGGGAUUAUGUGUGCCGGGCCGUUCAUCUCCUUCCUCCUGUCAGAACCCGAGAAAGUCCAGCGGAGGGAUGGAUUCAAGAUUGUUCUGCGCAAGGCGGGCUGGGUCCAGACACUGACAGAAUGGUGGAAUAUCGUCUGCUCGCGUGAUAUCCUACUGUUGUGUCCUCUGUUCUUUACCAGCUGGUUCUACGGGUCAUACAUUGGAACACUUCAAACUCAAUACAUGAAUGUGAGAACUCGGGCGCUAUGUGCUUUUGUUAUCCCGUUCGGCGACAUAGCAGGAGGAUUUCUGAUUGGAUAUUUCCUCGAUUCGAAGCGACUUUCGGUGAAACAGCGGGCUCGAUGGAGUUUCGUGUGUUUGAUGAUACUGAAUUUGGCACUUUGGAUCUGGACAGCCAUUGUUACAAGACAAUUGGAACAUGAAAAGCCUGUGAUCGACUGGACGAGCGGAUCCAUCUUUGCCAACACGUUCAUCCUGUUUAUCUUGUUUGACUUGGCGACCAUGGCCACACAAACCAGUCUCUACUGGAUCAUUGGGCAGAUGUCUGAUGACUUCGUCGCUCUCUCAUACAUGACAGGCACCCUCCGAGGCGUCGAGUGUGCCGGUCAGGCGGUUGCUUACGGCAUCAAGUCGAGCAACACUACUAACUGGCUGUCCAUCGGGCUCAAUGUCGGCCUCAUUGUCUUCUCUCUGCCGUUUGCAUGGGUCGUAAUCAGGAAGAUCGGGGUCGUACCGUUCACCAAAUUUGCUGUGGCAGCGGACACACAGAGCGUAUCUGACAAAGAUUCCGAAACAGAGAAGGCGCUAUGAUAUCCGUCGAGAGGAUUUGAGUAGUCCGAUUGAUAUAAACUACUGACACGAUUCCAAUACUCAUAUGCGAGAAGAACAGGUCUUAUGUCGGUGAUUCCCUCUAUGUCCCUGUCGUCCGGCUCCUGGCGGAUGUAGUCUUUCAAGGGUCCAUGGCGCGCGUACUGUUCCGCCUUCGACUGGAACGUGGACGACUUCUAGCACUUCUCGAACCCUGCGUGUUUACCUGUAUUUACCGCUCAAAUACACUGCCGCAUUGUGACCUCCAAUUUGCGCCUACUUGAGCCGCCAUUCGCUGGACGAGACGAUUCGCGCAUGCCGCCGGAGAAAGAUAUGGGGGGACCAUCAAACCCGACGUGGUACGACCCCAAAGAGAGUGAAUGGGAUUUCGAACACCCAAAAUACUGGAGCGAGGAGGACCAAGAAGUGUUCGUCGGCAUUCGCGACGGCGACGAACCCACAAAACUCGAGACACUGUGUGGCACAUACCGCUGGUUCUACGACUUCCCCGAACCGGGCACAACUGAGCCAAACGACAUCUCUUACGACAAUUCCGACGCAUCGCUCCCGCACCCCGGGUACUUGACGAUAUCAAGCACCGGGAAACGACCGACGCUGAAAAACAUCACGGGGACCGUGGUGGUGUUCGGCAAGGAGGCCAAAUUCUCUGGGAUCAAACGCGCGAAGGACCGCGACAAGAAUCACCUGGUAGAUAACCACUGGGAGUUUGUGACAUUCAAGUGGAAGGAGAGCUAUGGGCCGCAGCUGCAAGACGAAGGGAACAGUCUCGUUGCACUGGAUGUGAUGGACGACGGAGGAGAUCCUUUCGUGAUGAUGCGAUGCACGUAUCCAGGGCCCUCGGGGCACACGUGGUACCGUGACUUGGCCGCGAAGAAGGAGCGAAGACCAAAAAGACACGGGCUUUCGGACGCGGAGAGAGCUCGGCUGCACAUGGAGGUACACUAUCCGGAGGUGAGAGCUGCCGCACAAGCUAAAGCGGCAGCGGGCAAGGCCGCCGCUGAAUCUUCAUCCUCCGAAGAGGAAAGUGACGAAGACAGUAGCUCGGAUGAAAAUGUAGCUUCCAGAAGGAGGGGAUCGCGGCCUGGCAAGCGAAAACAACUCGACUCACUAGGCUCGGACACGGAGAAUCGAGGCAGGAAGCGUAAAGCUUGAAAACUUGAGGGGAAAUUAAGUAAAUACCGGAUGGACUGGUGUAUUUGGAUUGCUCUGCUAUCACUUAGAAUCUUGCGAUACGAUUCGAACGCUCUUUUCGGACGCGCCUCUGGACGCGUAGCUACGCGAUCAUGUGACUCUCUGUUGAAAGAGGACCUGGACGCGCGGGAUUCUCACGCAUUUAGGAAGUCUUCCCACAAGAUGCCCUCUGAACGAAAUUCGCUUUGUGAUCUCGGAAUAGGCCGCAGUACAGGAGUGGUCGAUACGUGGAAGUAUACACGAUUACUCGGCCAGCACUUCGCGCCAGGAGGGACGAGUGCAAGAUAUUCUGCAUCGUGAGCUAUCACACCGGUGCCGUUUUCCGCAGGUCUCAUGUCAGGAGGAGACUCAAGCACACAUGAGCGGUAUCCACACUUCCACGUCCACGAAUAGAUGUCAAAGGGGGCCACAGACGACCUGUCUUGACACACCUCUCUCUAGCGCCGGUUUGCAAGAGACGAUCUCAAACGAUGCAAAGUCAAAUAAACGCAACAAUUUUUUUUUCCCUUGUGCGUUCGUCAAUCGGGCGUCGUCAUCAUUUCUGCUGACAUCAAGCAGUGAACUUUGAGGGUUCCUAAAACCUCCCCUCGAAGCCUUCGACCCCUGCAGACCGAGACCCCCUCCAUAUUUUAU